AUGCCUCUGGAGGAGCUGAAGCUGGAGAACGCACUUUGUCGGACACUCACAACGGAAACCUGGGCGGCGUUCCGAGCGUUUGUAGGCGCAGCAUUCGGUGUUAGUGCGGACUGUAAGACGCCGUUAAAGAAGUUGUCGCUGGCGAACAACUCGCUGAGUUAUCGUCACGUUGGUUGCAUUUGCUCGGCGUUGAGAAGUGACACGACUGCGCUGAAGGAAUUGUCCCUGGCUCACACUUUUUCGAUCGUGGACCCUGAGGAUCGGAGAACUUGUUGGCAAUGGCUGGCAGUUGGACUGCGGUCUAUGAUUCCUCAAGAAGGAAGGACUGGACUGCGGAGACUGGACUUGUCGGGGAAUCCGCUGUUUCCCAUGGAUAGCGAAGCGUGGAUCGAGGGACUUCGUGACCCACAAGCGACAGUUACUCACAGCACAGAACUGUACUCAUCGCCGAGUGAAUCUUCUCCACGCCUGCGUAUCAUUGAGAAUGAGGUCAAAGCGGCAAGUCUCGGGCAAGAAUCGAUGGAGUGGGAAGUGUUAUCCUCUCUUGACGGUGAUCCUGCAUGGCUCUGCGUUGUGGUCCCCGGCUUCGGAGUCGUCUGGACUCAAUCUAAGUACGCAAUGUCAUGGGAACAUACGGAGGAUGGCUUUAUCCCUGGUUCAGCAUCACUAUCAGAGCUUGUGAUGAACGACAUGGCGGCUUCUUUGACUACUACCGAGGCUCUGGAGCGAUUUGUUGGUGGUUUUGGAGGCGGAUUGCGGUGUUUAGAGCUUCGACGAAACGCGUUGUCUGCCAUGGACCUCGACGCGAUUCUGUCUGACUGUCAGCAGCUUAACUCUCUGGACGUAGAAGGCUGCAGGAUUCUGCAACUGCAGCUACUUGUGGACGCUCUAAACAGAGAUCUCGGUCGACAUCUUCGGACGUUGAACCUCAAUGCCAACCUCGUUGGUGCUGACUCUAUUAACGUGUUAGCAGCAGCUCUACGUGGUCAAGUGCAGGACAAUGUCCCAGUAUUACAGGAACUACGCGUGGCACACAACGAAAUCGGUGCCAACGGUGUGCGUCACCUUCACGCCGCAUUAGAAGCCAACAAAACGAUGACGUUGGUGGAGCUGGAUCUGCCGAAUGAAGACGCAGACGCGCCUCGACGACCUGAUGACGAUGAGUACAUUCAGCUGUAUCGAACGCGAUGUAUGCGGCUUGAUGUGUCUUUCCAGAACGAGUUUUUAGGGAUUUCUCCACUGUCAAUGGACCGCAAAUUUACUUUCUUGCUGGCGCUAAAUGCUCAGGAUCUGGUCCUGGGUCGAGGCAUCUGCAGCGUCAUCUUUAGUUAUGCAGCUAGCGAGAAGCGGCGACGCAUACUCUGGAACUCCUCGCACAGUUAAUCAAUUUAAUACUUCGGGGAGUACACUGAUGAUGCUCGGUACUGC